CUGCAGAAAAAGAUUCAUGCUAGCCAAUGUUUUUCAGAUGCAGCCCAUUGCAACAAGUGUCCAGAUGACCAGUAUUCCAAUGAGAAGCGAAAUAAGUGUAUCCCCAAAAGUAUAAGCUUCUUGUCCUAUGAAGAAACAUUGGGAUUCAUUCUGGCUUCCUUUACCCUUGCUUUCUCCUUAAUCACUGCCUUUGUUUUGGGAAUCUUCACUAAAUACAGAGAAACUCCCAUAGUCAAAGCCAACAACAGGGACCUGACCUAUAUUCUUCUGAUUGCUCUUCUCCUUUCCUUCUUGACCUCCCUUCUAUUCAUUGGACGCCCCAAGAAAGUGACCUGCCUUCUUCGACAAAGCAUCUUCAGUGUUGUUUUCUCAGUUGCUGUGUCUUCACUGCUGGCAAAGACCGUCAUGGUGGUGGUGGCAUUUCUGGCCACAAAGCCAGGCAGCAGGAUGAGGAAAUGGUUGGGAAAGACUCUGGCCAACUCUAUUGUUGUAUCCUGCUCUGGGAUUCAGGUGGGCAUCUGCAUGAUAUGGCUUGGAAUCUCUCCCCCAUUCCCAGACUCUGACAUGCAUUCUCAACCAGGGUAUAUCCUGCUGCAAUGUAACGAAGGGUCAGUCAUCAUGUUCUAUACUGCACUGGGUUUCAUGGGCCUUCUGGCCGCCAUCUGCUUCUUGGUGGCUUUCCUAGCACGCAAGCUGCCAGGGACCUUCAAUGAAGCCAAGUUGAUCACCUUCAGCAUUUUGGUUUUCUGUAGUGUUUGGAUUUCCUUUGUCCCCACCUACCUGAGCACCAAAGGAAAAUACAUGGUGGCUGUGCAGAUCUUCUCCAUUUUGGCCUCCAGCCUGGGUUUAAUGAGCUGUAUCUUUGUUCCCAAAUGCUACAUCAUUAUUCUGAGACCUGACAUGAACACCAAGGAGCACCUGAUAGUGAAUUCUAAAAAGGGAACAUAA